AAAAAUGCUACCAGCUGAUACAAUCGAAAAAGAGUCGGACGCAUAGUUUCGUUGCUGCCGAACGAACGAAGGAAUUUUUUGCAUUUUUCUUAAAUAACAAACAAAUAAAAACACCGGAUUCUAACAAGAUGCCACAAGUCAGCAAAUCCGAAGAUGAAUUUGGAAAGAAAAUCGACCGUUGCAUUACCGACAUGGGUAUAAAAAGUGUUAGCGGAUUGGCCAUCGGUUCAGUUCUCUCGCUGCUCAUUUUCAAGAGGAAAGCAUGGCCCCUUAUAAUGGGCACUGGUUUCGGUGCUGGAGUCUCAUACAGAACAUGUCAAAAAGAUCUUAAUAUGUAAUUUAUGAAAUAAAGAUUAGAAAAAUGCUAAACAA